AUGGAGCAAGAAAAAGCAUUAAAAACUGAAAAAGAUCAUCUGAGAGUGCCCUAUCACAAACACUUAACUAAAUCAGCGUUGACUGUAAACAAUAAAUCUGCAGGAAAUUCCCCAUGCAAUGGGAAUGAUACCUUCUCCAAUAAUUUCUUGCAAAAUAAAAAACCAUGGGAAACAAUAUUCUCGACCCAAGAAAAUUUCGAAGAUUCUCCAAUCAGCGACCGUCUGAUCCAGAAAACCUCCAAAGCUAUGGCUGUAUUUGAAGAAUUUGGGAUAUAUAAUGAUCUAGAAUUGAAACCACUGUUGCAAGGUAUAGAUCCAAAUGCAGAGCAUACACCAAAAAGAAAGACAAUUACACUGGCGGAUUUAUGAGGACAAAAAUUAACACAAAGAUUGCUAUCUAGUCCUCGGCUCCGAAAGGCUGCCAAUAUAAUGCGGCAUAAAUAUCUGCAGCAAGCUGCCAAGUCUUCAAAUUCAUUUACAAACCCGGAUAAGCCACAUAUAAUGGACCAGCAUGCCCAAACUCGAGUAUUUAUAAAGCAAAAUGAAGUUUCGAAAAAUGAUGAACUUCCCGCUUUGAAAGCCAAAACAUCAAGACUUAUCAUUACUUCGGAUGUUGGUCAGAAAAAAGCUAAAGCUUUGAAACAGCUUCAUUCAAUUAUGAAUAGCUGCGAUCAACUGUAUAAAAAAAGUGUUGAAAGCAAAAUUAAAAUUCCAUUAACCAGUAGAGAAGGAACCCGAGCUAAAAAAUUGAAGAAAAAAGAUAUACAGAUGAUCAAUAUUUUCAAAAAAAAAUUGAAUUAG